AUGCCUGGUUUAAAAUGCAAUGAAAUCACUCCGGCCGAGCGCCCCCAGCCCCACCGCGCAGCCGAGACAGGAAAGCGGCGCUCCGGGAGUCCGGUUGUGCCCCAGCGGGCGCAGCCUCCCCACGCCCGCCCCGCCCGGGGAGCGGUCCGGGACCCCGCCCCAGCUGUAUGGCGCAGGGCGUUCACAAACACCGGCGCCGGUGCCCCCGACCCGGCCGCCCCACGCCAAUCUCCUGGGGGCCCCGCGGGGCGACCCCGGCCCGGCUCCGUGUGCGCAGCCCGCCCGCAGCGCACCGAUUCCCACACACCGGCUAGAGCGGCCCGGGGGGAGAUAGGACCCGCCCCCCCCCCCCCCGGCUCGCCCCUCAGAGCGCGGCGCACCUGGCGCUGCUCCAGCCCGGUCCCACACGCGGCCCCCCACACCGACCUGCCCGGACCAGCUCCGUUCCACGGACUCGGCCACCGGCUCCUGAGCACCCGCAACCCGGCCCCACUCGCUUCCGGCCCAGGCCCCGCCUGGGCCGCGACCUCACUUCCGACGGUAGCGGCGGGGCCGGAGCGCGGCCUUUGGGUCCCGGCGGGACGGGACCGGACCGGAGUGGACCGGCAGAUUCUCCUCAGCGCUGCGCGAGACGGAAAAAGGCGGGAACGUCCGCGCGCGGGGGGCACGAGGCGCGGAGGACGGAGUCGUGCUGCCGGGCGCGAGCUUGGUUUCCUUCAGCAGCACAGAUCAGCGGCGUUCAGCUGCACCCGGCUCUUCACUGUCGCUACUGACUCCGCUUGUUUGGACCUGUGCUGAAAUACCCCAUUACAGCACCUUACUGUGGCUGCACCGGGUGCAGGUUUGCAUUAUGACGUCCUGUGCUCGUACAGAAUUUUGAAGUGACGCUCGUGGCACAGAUUCCAGUUUUAAGCAUAACCAACUCCUGACAUACCUACCUAGCACCUCCCUUAAUAAAAGCAUAAAAUCCAAUGCUUUUCUAAGAGAAAUACUAAUAAUAAAAAAUAGAAGAUAGAAAACUAAACAGUUGGUGGCCUUCCCCAGCCCACAGGUGGACCGCUAUGCUGCCUGUUACUUCAGUGCAGAGAUGACAGGAAGUCUUAAGUGAGAAACACCAAAGGACUAAGUGAACAUGCAAAUAUUCUAAAAAAAAGAGUCUCAAAUUAACAAUAUAAAAAUAGAUCACUCUCAGUAAUGAAUUUGUCUGUGGUUUCUUCACUUCUCUCCAGUGCACUGUAAUGGAAACAGUACUUUGAUUACACGAUGUCCUCAUGUCCCAAACAGCACCGAACGGCAGUUUAAGGGGUUCUCACAGGAUGCAGGCAGGUUAAGGAGAAAAGCCCAGCUCUACAAUGAAGCCCAGAUCAGUGCCAUGUACAUCCAGCUCUGCUAGAGAUACACUGCUACUCUUCCUCUACACACAACCUGAAAUACUUAAUUUAUAUCAUGGAAUAUAUUGUGGCAUAUGCAGCCAUAUAUACCCCAACCCUGGAGGGGCUCAAGGCGAGGCUGGAUGGGCCCCGGGCAGCCUGAUCUGGUGGGUGGCAGCCCUGCCCACAGCACAGGAUUGGGGCAGGGUGGGCUUUAAGGUCCCUUCCAACUUAAACCCUUUUAUGAUUCUAUGACACCGUACCCAAUACAGUGAUCAUUCCUACUUCCUCCCACUACAGAUGCAAAUCUCAAUUACUUGGAUAGUUAACAUUCCAGUUUAAGUACUAGAUCUUCCUCACCCAGAUGCCACCUUCAGUCUCCUUGGGGAGUGUAUAAGCUUACAUCCAUUCCAUAAAUAACAUAAUAGAUGAAUAUACAACUUUAAUGUAGGGCAAAAGAAAAUAAGCUGACAUUUCACAACUAGAAAUCUCAAUCUCAACAAGGACAUGAGGCAAUCUGUCUCGUGGUAGCAUUAUGGGGCACUUCUUGUAUUUUGCUUGUUUAAAUACUACUGAUAGAAUGCUGUAUUAGCAGAACAAAAAGCACCCAUGAAGUUCACCUCUUCUCUAUACUUACUAGGAACAGGGCAAGUUCUGAACUUCUUGAGAAUUUGGAAAACUAGGGGAGGAAGGGGAAGGUGGAGCAUGUAAGCCUCACACAAAUUUAAGCACAGUGUAAUGGUAACAUCUGAGCAUUAUGCUUCACGUUAAGAAAAGCACAUAAUGUAUAAUAUGACAGGGAUGUGAAAGAACACACAGGGAUCCCAUCUGCAUGUGCAGGAUUCUAGGGACCUCACAGAAAUGAGGUGGAAGUUUAAAAAACCCCUACACCCUAAUUUGUGAGCACAUGUUGAUUCACCGAUUCAGAAAGCAGUGUUAAAAAAAUUGUAUGCUGCACAAGACUCCAGAAGGUCAGUCCUGAAAUCAAAUAUAUACAUUUUUAAUAUUUGAAAUAUUUACAUGGUGGAACCUUUACACGAUCCCAUUUGUUAAGAACAGUGUUUUUAAGUCCCCUCUCCAGAUACAAAGAACUAGUAACUCAAGGUCACAGUUAUGUUUUCUGAACAGGUCAACCUGUAUCCUUCAGUUAAAUACAAUAUAGAGAUACUGGAACACCUUUACUUAAUUUGUUUGCUAUUAAGAAUUUUGUUUAAAAAUUAAAAGUGUUUUUGAGAUAGUUUGCUCCCUGGAACACAGUUCUGCAAUCAAAACAGUUCAUAGCACAUUAUUGAUUUGUCUUCUUACCUGGGUAUGAGAUAAAAAAUGCAGUUUACAGUACAUCUCAUCAUUUAUAUCACAUCAGCCUAUUUAUAAAAAUCCAUACAAACAAGGCAGUAAAAUACAACCCUCUUUUUGUGGACAAUAGACUGCUUACAGUAGAAAGCAAAAGUCAGGGCUAUUUUUAACAGUAUGGAUAAAAACAAGACUUCAGCUUUGUUUGAAAACUUACGGUUUAGUUUUUGUCAACUACUACACUCAGUUACAACUCUGAAGCUUCCCAAGCAUGUGUGUUUUCUUUCCUCCUUACGUUCUAAAAAAAAGUUUUUAAAAUUAAUUUCUUAAAAAAAAAAAUCCAUUACUUUACUUUGGAGAUGAGGAACUACAGAGAUGUGAUAAAAAUGAAAUUGAGCAAAACAUAUGCAAGGUUUAAAAAAAAAUAGCACUUACUGAGGUUCUGUUCUUGUUUUAACUGAGCAAAUUAAAAGCUUCCUGCAAUUUGCACUUCCUAGGAAAGAAGCAGAGUACCUGCAGAAAAUCAAUUUCCAGCUUUAUUGGUAGCUAAAUGGGCAAUGAUAUAGCAAGACCAGUAAUGGUUCAUGUCAGAACCAGAAGUCUGAGGAAACUCCUUUUCCAGAAUUAGGUAAGUUUCCAGAAUUAGGUAAGGAGUCCAGAAAACACACAAAACUGUUCCAUGAAAGCAGCUCUAACCACUCAGUUUAAAUUAAAUUUAAAUCCGUAACUGAGAAUAGUUCCAUGUUAAGUGCAAAUAUUUUGCAAAAGAGGGGCUUUUUUUUUUUUAAUAUUUA